CCAUCCACUUCUCCUUCUCCGACGAUCCUUCGCAAGUCCGUCGCUGCCUUGGAUUGCCUAGGUGGACAAUCAUCAGCUAGCUUCAAUUCCGAAUCAAUGAGCCAUUCAGAAAAUACAACGUCAAUAUGUUCUUUCUCAUCUCCCCUUACUGCUACUACUACAGUAUCUGACUCUAAGUCAGGCCAAGCCUCUUGUCUUCCUAGUAUACUUUCUUUUCCGACUUCAGAACCCACUUGCACUUCAGUUGACUCGCCCCAGUCGAUUGCCACUGUCGCUCCAUUUCCCCUUCAAUCUUCCUCAUCUCCAUCUAUUUUGACUACAACAGCGAGCAGCGUUCUUCCAUCUAGUCAUCAAGCUUCGCUGUGUAGUUGUCGACUCAAUCGUUUCGAUCAAUUAAACUCAACUUCAUCACCACAAUCGGUUCUUUACAAAUCGCCUCUUUCUGGUCUCGAAACUUUCGAUCUGGGCCCGCACCCAGUGGUUUCGUCCUCAGAACCUCCCGGCCUUCGGUGCGAACUCUUUUAUACUUAG